CGAAUUCCGUAUGUUUUGCCUGUUAAAUUUUCUUAUGCUAAGCUUGCAAUAACUGUAUUUACUGUAAGUGAGAUCGAUUUGAGCCUUACUGUGUUGUGUUUAUCCAUGAAUUGAUAUCUUUAAAACAUUACAUAUCAAUUCCUAAUCUUUCGUGUUUUUGCAUUUUGCAGCCAAAUGCCUUUUUGGACAAUUUUUCUAAUAUGUGGCAUACCCGAGAUGGUUAUACAUCGCGGAUGAGAAAAAUUGCCGGAAAAGGUUUUUGGGCUACAAAAUGCAAAAAAAAGCGAAAAGUUUUGAUUUGAUAUGUAAUGUUUUAAAUCUUAGAAUAGAUCCCUACAAACAUCAUACGUCGGGAUUUUGAGAAUUAACGGUUGAUCUAAGUUUUUAAUUGCAAUAUGCAUGAGUUGCUGUGUUUCUCCUUUUGCCCCACUUGACACAAGGAACUAGCUGUUACUGGUUUGUUGUACUAAAUAUAGUCCUGCACUAGUUGUUAAUUAUCUUUGGAAAAAGUACUUAAUUGCAUUUGUGAUGGUUGGAUGUUUAAAAUUGGGCAUUUACAAUUUUCUACUUUGGUUGUGUUUUAAUUUUCUUGAUUUUUCUACCAUAUAAUUGUUGGUUUUUCAUUCGCUCCCAACUCAACUAGUUUGGUAUUGAAGCUUAGUGCGCGUUGUUUUGUCAAUCUGAUGCUUUAAGCGAUUAUUCAAAACACGUUUGUUGAAUGCUUAGUUCUUGUCCAUUUUUGGCCACAUACUCUGACCAGAUUCGGUAUUAUGGAACACAAAAUUAGGUUAGAAGUACUAAUCCGAUAAGCUGAUUGUUUUCUUGCUGAGAUAUUAAGCCUUGAUAUCCAACCUCAAAAGUCUGUAUUUGAUGUCCUUGGCAAUUUUCUGCCGUGCUCAACUCAGAACUCUAUUGCAUUCCUUAAACAUGAUGGGGCCUGAACUUGAAAGAUGAGUAAUUCAGUGCAACAAGCAAUUCAUGAACUCAAACAGUUCCGCAGAAAGUCAAAGAGUUCUUCAAUCCAGAGGCGCCUCUCUUUUCAUAUUAAGGAACUGAAAAAGAGCCUCUGUAAUCCCCUUCAGUCUAUCAGUCUAAGAGUUUGGUUGGAACUGUAUCACAAUCGGGUAGUAAGAGUUGUUCGAGUUCCAUGGGGUGAAGAGCCAGAAUCUCGGCUUAUAAAUGUAGCAAAAACUCUGAUUAGAGGAUUUUUAAAAGACUUUAGGACACUUUAUCUACAAGGGAAAGCUCAUGGGAGAAUAACAUUGGACAAUAUUGUUGUACAUAAAGGAACAGCAAUGCUUAUAAAUAGUCAGGACCUUGUUGGAAAUCUUUUCACCCUUAAGGCUGAUUUUGCUGCAAUAGCGACUGUUAUAAGAGAAAUGGUUGGAAGCUAUCCCUGUCCAAAGGACUUGUCACAUUUUCUCAAAAUUAUCUUGAGAGAAGAACCGCCUACAGGUACUCUUCAAGCCUUCAUUUUCAAUCACCCAGCUUUUUGGAGUAACAAUAAGAUAGUUCGCAAUGUUAUUGCGAUAAAGCUGUCUUAUUGCCAUUGUAGAGUCUCAAAUCGAACAAAGUGGGGGGAUACUGCAAGUCAGAUUCCAAAAGAUGUUACCGUUAACUGGAAAUCACUUGUCCAGAACUCUUCAACAUAUAAGGCAGUUUUUGAUGGAAGUCCAACAAAUUAUGAUGACCUUGUUGACGGAUUGGCAUUGUUAGUCUUUUUCAGGAAUUGCUUACUGCACGCACAUAAGAAACGCUAUGCAUUGACUCAACAUAAAAUUGCCGCGGAACUAUGUCACCUAUUUCCAGAUUUUAUGGCGCAUUUUAUAGAGAAAACAUAUUGUAUUGCUGAUGUUAGAGAAAUUUGCAUGAGAUAAUCGCCGAGCUGUGUACUUGAUCAAUUUUGAGAAUAUGGAAUCUGUAAUAUCCAGUCCAUCAUGUCGCCAUGCCUUACUGCAAUAUAUCAAGCGAUUAAUUAUGACACUCCAGGUGAAAACUCAUCAUGAUCAUGCCUUUCGGUAUUGGACUAAUUAUUGAGUUUCAAAAUGCUUUGAGCGAUUGUGGUGUAGCUGUACUAGAAAAGAAAUUUAAUUUAGGAAGUUUGAGUUUCAAAUAGGCUUAGUGAUCCCAAAAUUUAAACGUUUGCCGCCUUUAUUAAUUAUAACCAAUCUCUUAAUUUAUCAAUUAUAACAUGAUUUAAAUGAUUUUGUUUCAAUUUUAGUAUGACUUUGCUCACGUUUUAGUCAUUGGAUAAGGUGAAUCUACCUAACCGAAUAAAUAAUACUCCCUCAGUCCCAUUUUAGAAGUCUCAUAAUUUUAGGAUGUCCCAUUUUAAAUAUCUCAUUUCUUUUUCUAAAGGAUUUUUACAUGUAAUUUCUCUUUUUACCCUUUAUUAAAUCACCUUCAAAGAAAUUAGGGUUAAUCUUAGCAAAUAGCAACAUCUUUAGCGUUUUUUUUUUAUUUAAGCCAAACGUCUCAUCUAUUAGCCUAACCUUUUCAAACUUUUUAUUCUGUAGCCCGGUAUACAUUUUAUAUUUUAUUUUUUGUUAGAAUGGCGUCGUUUUUUGUCGUACGGAUGACCAAAACGACGUCGUUUUAGGCAUUUAUGCUUAUUUAUGACAUAUAGUGAAAUGUUGUGCUAUUAGUUAGGACGUUUUAAAGGUUGGGCUUAAAUUGAAAAAAAACGCCAACGGUUGUGUUAUAUGGUGACAUUAACCCAAGAAAUUAUAUGAACAUUUUUACUAUUAUUAGUAAAGGUGAAACAAGAAAAGACAUAGUAAUUAAUGUUUUUUAGUGUUUUUUUAAUAUUUUAUGUAAACUGAAACGAGACUUGUAAAAUGAGACGGAUGGAGUAUAAAUACAUGAAAAUGUAAUUAUUCAAUGGUUGGCAUGAA